AAUAACGGGGGCAAAUGCGUGCCCUCCCUCUCCCGCUCACCAAAUCCACCCCAAGCUCUCCCUCCAUAAACCCUAAAACCAGACCCGAAAUUAGAAAAGUUUCUGUUCAGAGGAAGACAAGCAGCUUUCCCUAAAUUCAAAGUUUUCUCGGGAUUUUCGAACACUUUCUGACUGUUGAUUUUUGCCAAUCGUAGCAUUAUCACUGGAUUUAGCUUCUUCACUGUUUCGCAGUUUGACAAGUCUGCAUGGUAUGUUGGUAUUUGUUACGGCCUAAGUGAUUAACUUUCUGGGGAUAAUACAUUGUUAGUGGGUACUCUGUGCACUGUCUUGCUGGUGAUGUUCUUUCUAUAUCUGUGAAGAAUCUAAGAGGCUAUGGAGAGUUUAGAAGUCAUGAGUAAUGGCGUUCAAUCAUGCAAUGGAGGGUUGAUGCAAUUUAGCAAUGAUGUGAAAGAAAAUGAUAAUCGGGAUGUCGACUUACUUGAGGAUUUUGAUUCUUAUUGGCAAGAUAUCAAUGACCGGUUGACCAUAUCGAGGAUGGUGAGUGACUCGGUCAUCAAGGGUAUGGUGAAUGCGGUAACACAAGAGGCAGCAGAGAAAAUUGCUGAUAAAGAACUAGAGGUGACUAAAUUGAAAGAAAUGUUACGUGUUUACCAUGUGGGUGUUGAUGAAAAUGAAUUGUUGGGGUCUUUAGCAGUGCACCAAGAGUCAAACAGAUUUGUCAAAGAAGGUAACAAAGACAAGAUACAUCCUAGCUUUCUUGAAGCUGUUUUAGAGCAUGAUAGAAUAGAAGAAUCUUUGAGCAGCUUAAGAGGAGCAACUAAAGAGCAGUUCAAGAAGCUGAAGAGAGAAAUUGAUAGCAUAAGAGGGCGUAGCUCAGUUAAGAGAAUUGGUUCUAGUUCUCAGUUGUCGGGUUUGAGUGACAUACUGCAAGAUAAAGUAUCAGACAGAUGGAUUGAUGUGGAUAGGACGCUCAAUUGUCUAAAGAGUACAAUAGAAACUAGCUAUCAACAGGUGGAACAAAUGGUUCGCUUGUCAAAGGCAUCAGUAUGUGAGUGGCAACAGGAGCAGGAGUUUAAAGCAGAAAUUGAAGCACUUGUGAUGACGAAUUGUAUUUGGAGUGUUGAAGAAAAUUUUUUAUACCGGUUUUAUGGUGAUAAAAAUGUGAACGGGCAUGGAAGGAUGAAAGAGAUAUCAAGCUUACGUCAGGAAUUAGACACCAUUUCUAAAUUGCUAUAUGUUUCUGACAUUGGGCAGCUAUCUUCUCAUGGAUCCUUGGAAGUUGAUGAAGAAAGUAGUAAUUUUAAGAAGGGAGACCAUUCCCACCGCAAGCUUUUAAACAAUCUUAACUCAUCAUCUCCAUCUCCAUCAUCGUCAUCAUUGUCAACAUCAACAUCAUCAUCAUCAUCUCUUUGGGAAGAAAAUGGCAAGCAUGAUGAAAAUGGCAAGGAUGACGAGUCAGAAAUAAAUAUGCAAAAAAGUUUGGAUCCUACCCGGGUUAUGCAUAUGUCAAGAGAUGAAUUGAUAAAUUAUUAUAAUAAUGAGAUGACUAAGUUGAAGCGAAAUCAUGAAUCUAAAGUGCAAGAUAUGAUUGAACACCGAUUCAGCCGCAUGCGGGAAUUGUUGAAAGAAAGGGGAUCUUCUUUGUCAUCAAAGAAGAAUAAGGAGUUUGACAUGUUUAGGAGGAGAAUAUCUGAGGUUAUUUCUAAAUUAGAUGACAUUCUUGUUGAACAUGAGCAAAUAGCUACAUUUGGUGUCAAUGAAGAAAGUCUUAGCAGUUUGAAAGACAGACUGGAAUCACUCCUUUCAGAAAAUCACCAGCUCAGAGAUUUGCUCACAGAUAAGAAGAGAGAAGUUAAGUUCCUUUCACAACAAGUUUCUGAAGCUGCAGAGAAAAUGUCAGAGCACUCUCUGGCUGAGGCAAAGUUGUUAAAAACAACCGCAAAUCUUAAUGCAACUAUAGAAGAUGCACAUAUUGAAGCUUUAAUUCGUGAAGAUGCAUUUUCUUGUAUUCUCAGGGGAAUAGUGGAUCAAAUUGAAUGCAUGGCUGAAGAGUCACAAGUGGAGUAUAAUCUUCUGCAAGAAAUUUACAAAAGUACAUUUAAAGAAGCUGCAAACAAUGGUGAACCUACUGGCCAAUGUGAAAUUGAAGAUUUGAAUGUGGAGUCCAUCAUCAUGCAAGAACUAUAUGUAGUUGUAUUCAGAGAAACCUUGAACGAUGCCGAGCAGAAACUCAAUAACCUGAACAUGAAAUAUACCAAUGAAAAUCAACUUCGGGUUUUGCUUGAGAUGGAAAAUCUAGACAAAAGAAAAAAAUUAGAAGUUGAGGUUGCAAACCAAGAAAAGUUAAAGCAAGAAGUACUCUUUCUGGCAGAAGAAAAGGAGCAGUUGGCACAGGACGCAACAGCUGCCUUGGAAAAGGAAAAGGAGCGAUAUGAAUUAGCUGCUCAAGAGCUUGAAAAUUUAAGGGAUGAGACAUUUCAGCAACAGAAAUUGAUUUCAGAAGGUAUUGAAGAGUCAAAUGCUGCACGUCGUAAUUUGGUUUUGGCAUUGGAGCAAAUUGAAAUACAUAAGGCAGAGAUAUGCAAGUUAGAUCAGAAGCUUGAACUAGCAAUGAAAGAGUUGGGGGAAGUUAAUGAGGAGAGAAGGAUGCUUCUUGAUGUCAACCAAGAGAAGCACAACACUGUAUCUUUGUUUGAAGCUAAAGAAAGGGAGCUCAAGGAGCAAUUGAAAUCAAUAGCUGUCUAUAGCCGUGGAUUAUUGAAAGCGGUUACUGAUUUUGAAUGUAGAGUAACACAAGAUAUUUCAGGGAAAUGUUCAAGGUUGAAGCGUUUGAGUUCUCAAUCGCAUUCACUUAAAGAAAAAGCUAAUGUACUUGUAAGAAGAGGGUCGCUAUACAAGCAGAGAUUUGAAAGGAAAUGUUCUGAUCUUGAAAAAGCUGAAGCCGAGGUUGAUCUUUUGGGGGAUGAGGUGGACACUCUAUUGAGCCUUGUUGAAAAAAUAUACAUUGGCCUUGAUCAUUAUUCACCAAUAUUGCAGCAUUAUCCUGGAAUAACUGAGGUCUUGAAGCUCGUAAGAAGAGAAUUAAGGGGAGAAACUAAAACAGUUUGAUCUCCCCUUUUGACUAGCAGUAUGUUACUGGAGUGGUUGUCAGGCAAUUACGUUCGUCAAAACCACCAAAGAAUUCAAGUAGCAAAUUUGAUGAAGAGAGAGAUGCCGAAAGGUUUUCAACAAAUAUUGGCAGCGUUACAUAGUGAGCCUGGUUUUUGUGAAAUACAGUUUCCAACAUAAUUCUUUUUUUUCCUUGGAGCCGAGGUAAUCCUCAUCAUAGUGAACCACAAGUUCCACCUCCUUCCCUGUGUGGAAGUUUUUUGUUUCUCACCUGCUCCGUCCAGGUUUAUAGCCCGUUUUGUUUCUUUUGUAUAUGUGCCAGCAGAAGAGAUUUCUUUACAUAGCUUCUACAUGUUCAUUUCAUCUAUGUUGAUAUGAAAGCCGCAUAGUACAAAGUGCAUACAAUUUCUCUUGAACA